UACAUCCCCAACGUCACUGUCAAGUUGAAAAGUCACCUUACUUGACCCCUAGCAGUAUGCACCAUGGCUACAGCCCAGGUGCAGCACGGCGGCCGCUUGUCUCACCUGUACGGGCCGAAGAGGAGAGACCCCGCGGUCCAACUGAAGAAGGUUCUGCAGGGAGACAACGUGCUGAGUAAGGACGGACCGUUUAGUAAGUGUCGCACGCGGUGGAGCACCACCUACAGCGCCGACUACUGGAACUUUCUACUGAGGUGGAGCAUUCAUCCGACAUGGACAUCACACAAACAGAAUGAGACUCACUUCCAGCUCGGUUCGGACAGUAUGAAACCUGUGACGUCAGCAGCCUCCGAGUUUUUCCGAAGACCCGGACGACAGCCUCCACCUUUCGAUCCGGGAGCGGGAAACAGUAUACCGGACAUGAAUCCUCAGUUCAACAGAGACAAGCCGCUGGAAACGUCCGUAUACAAGACCUCAUUCACUGGUGUGGACGCCAAGGAUAAGGACCUUUCUUCCGAGGCGCUUUUCCGUGAGAACUGGAACAAGUACCAGCGUACCACACACUUCCAGUUUGGGGACGACUGUGUCCAGUUUAAAGAACUCCCAGUGAAGACAAACGUCGCGACGGUAGACCAGGUGAGACGACCACUCCGCCUGCCGAGUCUGACGACAACUACAGCCAGUCUCCCCGAGUCCUCCAUCUUCCGCCCCAAAGAUCGCGAGACUUCGCAGGGCGAGACUUGGAUGUCCACGUACAAGAACCACUACAGCCGACGGGAGAAGGAAAAGUUUUCGUGCAGAUGAAUAGAAAAUGAUGCUUCCUUUGUCGAGGCAAUAAAGUUUCAAAACCUUC